AUGGGUGGGUGGUGGGAGCUUGGAGGGGAUUGGGAUUUUGGACCCCUUUCUUAUCGUGAAAUUUUUCGACCGCAGGCAUCCCAGUGUCUUUUGGCAGGAGCUCCCCGAUGA